CUAUUUUUUUCCCACUCAAACCGCGCCGCUUUCCUGGUCUGUGAGCCGCUGGCUGUCUCGGGUCCGCAGCUCUUGGGGUUCUUCCUGGACGUCCCCUUCUGACUCCAGCGGGACCUGAAGCGCCUUUUAAACCGGAGACCCCAGGAACCCGCGGGAACGCGCCCGCGGCCCAAGCCGCUUUCCUGCCGUAUGAUGCGUCUCUCGGGCGGCUCCCCGCGCUCCCGCUCCGUUACCACAGGCCGGCUACGAGGCGUAAAGCCCAGCGCGAGGCGUGGAGCGGGCACGCCCCGGCCUCGGCGCUCGGUCCCCCGGCCCUUGAGCAGCACCGACUGCAAUGGCGGGAGGAGGGCGGCAGAGAGUAGGAGGAGUCCAUCGUUCGCUCGGCGCUCGACUGCCCCGCACUGCCGGGGCGCGAGGGCGAGGCCCGGCGGCGGCGCUCGAUUGGCCGGCUCGGAAGAUGGCGGCGCUGGGAGCCCCGCUGCGCACCCUGCGCGCGCUCCUGCGCGAGCUGCGCCACGCCGCCGGCCGCUCCUAUCGCGACAGCCCCGCCUAUCGGCACGUGCUGGCCGCCUUCCGCGCGCACCGGGUGACCAGCGAGAAGCUGUGCCGGGCCCAGCAGGAGCUGCACUUCCAGGCCGCCACCUACCUGUGCCUGCUCCGCAGCGUCCGGGAGCACGAGGCCCUGCACCGCGAGUACCACGGCAGGGGUGACACCACCCGUCAGCGAAUCAAGUUCAGUGAUGACCGAGUGUGCAAGAGCCACCUUCUCAACUGCUGCCCUCACGAUGUGCUCUCUGGAACUAGAAUGGACCUUGGAGAAUGCCUGAAAGUGCAUGACCUGGCAUUAAGGGCAGACUAUGAAAUAGCAUCCAAAGAUCAAGAUUUCUUCUUUGAGCUUGAUGCAAUGGACCACCUGCAGUCAUUUAUUGCAGACUGUGACCGGCGAACAGAAGUGGCUAAGAAAAGACUAGCAGAAACCCAGGAAGAGAUCAGUGCUGAAGUUGCAGCUAAAGCUGAAAGAGUUCAUGAAUUGAAUGAAGAAAUUGGGAAACUGUUGGCCAAAGUAGAACAGCUCGGAGCUGAUGGGAAUGUGGAAGAAUCUCAAAAAGUAAUGGAUGAAGUGGAGAAGGCUCGGGUAAAGAAGAGAGAAGCAGAAGAAGUAUACAGGAAUUCUAUGCCUGCCUCUAGCUUUCAACAGCAGAAGCUACGGGUUUGUGAAGUGUGCUCGGCUUAUCUUGGUCUUCAUGAUAAUGACCGACGACUUGCUGAUCACUUUGGAGGAAAACUACAUUUGGGAUUUAUUGAAAUAAGAGAGAAACUUGAGGAACUCAGGAGGAUUGUGGCUGAUAAACAGGAGAAACGAAAUCAGGAGCGUCUGAAACGUAGAGAGGAGAGGGAAAGAGAAGAAAGGGAGAAACUAAGGAGGUCCAGAUCCCACAGCAAGCAUGCCAAAAGGUCUAGGUCCCGAGACCGCCGCAGACACCGCUCUCGCUCAGCCUCGCGGGAACGGAAGAGACGGACUCGAUCCAAAUCCCGUGAGAAACGCCACCGCCACAGGUCCCGCUCCACCAGCCGCAGCCGGAGCCGCAGCCAUCAUAGAAGCAGGCACAGCUCCAGGGAGAGGAGCCGAGAGCGCAGCUCCAAAAAGAGAUCCUCUAAAGAAAGAUCUUCCAGAGACAAAGAGCGUUCAAGAGAUCGCGAUAGAACAUCCCGCGACAAAGACAGAAGCUCGAGGGAGAGGUCACCGCGGGAUUUCAAAGACAAGAAACGUUCGUACGAAAGCGCUAACGGCCGAUCGGAAGAGCCGAGGAGCUCAGAGGAGCGUGAAGCGGGGGAGAUAUAACUGGCUGUAUAUUCACCUAGCUUCCUAUGGAGUUGCAUACUUUGGUUUAGUUUACAGUUGUUCAAAGGGACACCGGUGAGCAGUUCCAACACUGAUACAACUAGGGUAGAUGUACAGUAUAUAAAAGUGGUUAUAACAAAGUCAGAAUUAAACCCCAUGAAUUAAUGGUGCCUAAAGCUGGGUCCUGGACUUUCCACCAAGUUGUAAAACUUUUCUGAAAGAUUUCUCUUUAUUCAGGACAACAGUUUUAUGUACCAAGACGCAGAUCUCAAUGUUUUUAAUCUCCUUUCCAAUACAAGUUAGUGAACAAAUUACAUUGUACUACUUGCCUUGGGUGCUUUUGAACCUUUAUAAAUUCUCCAAUUCUGCUCCAGUCAAAACAGCAGCAAUGAAAGGUUGUAUUUGGGGGGAUUUUUUUUCUUUUGUUUGCUUUUUUGUAAGAGGGUGGGUGGAUGGAUAUUAACUUUUACUCUAAGAUUAUGUUCCCAGUGUUGGGUUUAAUUUUUGUUUGGGAUCCUAGGAGUUGAUCACAGUGGGAGCAUUUAGACAGGAACGUGUGCUGGAGAAAGCGGAAAUGUCUUUUUACAGUGCCUAUUUAGACUUGGAAAUUGAACAGCUGUUGCAUUACAUCUUUUUUAUUUCUACUUAAAUUUUGAAAUCAAAGCCAGUCCCAUAUCUGUACCAUUUGAUUGGUAUGUGUUCAAUAUAUUUGUUUUUUUUCCAGAAGGACUCUUUCUGCUUUUUCUUGUGGAGUACAUCUUUAAUUGUAUUAAAACAAACAAAAAAAACCAGCAACAACAAACAAAAAUUAAAAACAAAAGAAAUAAAAAAAAUUAAAAAGAAA